AGGCUGUAGAAAUGAUCGUGUUAAAAUCGUUACAAUCCGUAAAUUAAGUGAUAUUUUAUUGCCAUGCCUGUGGAGCGUAUAUGUAUUGAAUUUUGUUUAGUAAAGUUUGGGGGAAAUCCAUGUUGUACAAUAACAUGAUCUUAGAUAUCUGUUGCAAAGUUAUAUUUUCGAUGCAGUCAAGGCUGGCGGAGUAUUCCUCACCGAACAGAGCUAGCAUGCAUCAUGGUGCGUAUGAACGUACUCGCUGACGCCCUUAAAUGUAUUAAUAAUGCAGAGAAAAGGGGCAAACGCCAGGUUCUUAUUAGGCCUUGCUCCAAAGUGAUUGUUAGAUUUUUGACUGUGAUGAUGAAGCACGGCUAUAUCGGUGAAUUUGAAAUAAUCGAUGAUCAUAGAGCUGGUAAAAUUGUUGUCAAUCUCACAGGCAGGCUGAACAAGUGUGGUGUUAUCAGCCCCAGAUUUGACGUGCAGCUGAGAGAUUUAGAGAAAUGGCAGAACAACUUGUUGCCUUCUCGACAGUUUGGGUAUAUAGUGCUGACAACAUCUGCUGGCAUCAUGGACCAUGAAGAAGCUAGACGCAAACACACAGGAGGCAAGAUCCUGGGAUUCUUUUUCUAAAGUUGAAAAUGCAAAUAAACUAUAUAAAAAUGGA